CCGCGGGAGAGGAGUGAUGAGGCGGCUGAGCGGGAGCUGCAAUGCGGGGGAGGAGGCGGCGGUGGCCGGAGAGUGGGGUGGCGGCGGUGGUGGAGGUGGUGGCAAUGCGGGGAGGGCGAGGGGGGUGAACGCCGGGAUCAUGGACGAGAAGGUGCUGGUGCUGGUGUUCCGGGCGAUCAACUGGGACCCGCAGGCGCUGUGCGCGGUGGCGAGGGUGAGCCGGCGGCUGAGGGCGGUGGCAGAGCGGGUGCUGUGGCGGGAGCUCUGCGCGUCGAGGGCGCCGAGGGUGGUGGCGGCGCUGUCGGGGCCCACCGCGGCGGUGGCGGCGGCGGCGGGGCGCAUCGGGGGAGGGUGGCCGGCGCUGGCGAAGCUGCUCUUCUUCUGCUGCGGCGCGGCGGGGGCGGCGGCUGUGCCGGUGCCGGGGCACUUCGCGCCCGUGUCCCGCUUCUCCAAGACGUCCGGCCGGAGCUUCCUGUCGCGGCGGUGCGCGGGGGACCUGCUGUACGUGUCCGACCCGUGCGAGCACGCGGUGGCCGGCGCCGGCGCCGGCGCCGACGACGACGUCGUGGUGGGCGCGUACCGCGGCGUGUUCCGCGGGUUCAUGCGGUCGCGGACGCGCGCGUUCCUCGUCGGCCACCGCGCCCCGCUCGAGCCGCGCGUCCGCUGCCCCUACUGCGGCGCCCGCGUCUGGAGCAUGACCGCCGCGGGCCUCGCCCCGCGCAGCGCCUGCCGCCGCCUCGGCGCCGACGACGGCCGCCUCGAGUACUUCGUCUGCGUCAGCGGCCACCUCCACGGCAGCUGCUGGCUCGCCCGCCUCUCCUCCUCCAGCGACGACUCCGACUCCGACUCCAACCACAGCGACGACGAGACAUUCGCCGCCGCCGACGUGAGCCUGCAACUCCCGACGGCCGGCCACGUCUCAGCCCGCCGGUUCCGAGGCAGGCCGGCGGCCGGCCAUGUAAAUAAUUAGCCGUAGCUUUUUUCUAAUCUCAUUUUUUGCACUAGUGACACUGUUCACGCAGCUCAGCUGCGCUGUGGCUCGCGCCUUUUCUUUGCGCCUUUCGCUGCUUCACUUCACAUGC